CAACCCGCGAAGAUACAAAACUGAGAAGACGCAGAAGCAGACAUGGCGGCCGCUAGUGGAGCGACUGGAGAUAUCAAGAACAACCUGAUGAAGCUCCUGAGAGAGAUACAGCGAAUGAAACUCAGCGUGCAGCCAGACGUUCAAGGGCUGGGUCUGGGAGCGCCGUCCGCUCUCCUGCCGAUAGUCCACCACUCUCUGAUGCACUACUCUCUCCCGCUGGCCUCCUGGCUCGCCAGACACGACUACGACCUCUACUGCAAGAACGACCUCCGCUUCGUGGAAGGCGUCUACAAAGUCCUCCGUGAGGUGUUUGGCUACCGUCCUCGGCUGACGAAGGAGCAGUUUCUGACGGUUGGAUAUGCCGAGAGAAAGCUGCAGCUGGUGACGGAGUUGCUGAUGGCCUGUCAGAGCAAGCAUCGCUCACUCUGCGUCCCGUCACUGCAGCGAGGAGGCAGAGGGACGAGAGGCCGGGACAGGAAAAGAAAUUCCGAGUCUUCAAGAACCCAGGCUAACUCUAGGUCGGAGGUGUUAACUGUUCAGACGACAUCUGGUAUCAGCUCCGCUUGGACCGAGCCACUCGUAGCACAAGUUCAGGGAGGGCAGGAAGGGGGAGAGACGAUGUCAUCAUUACCUCGUUAUUAUCCACCCCCUCACUGCCUCACACCGUCACAAAUGUUGGAACUCACCCCCUCCCCUCCCCACACACCCUCCCAACACUCCCCAAUCUCCCCACAAUCACAACCUAUCAUCAUCCGUCACGAAACUCCACCUGCAAACACAGACCGUAAACUGGUUUUUAGUGCAGAAAAUUUGAAGCCAGAAGGCCUCCCAUCAGGAUACCCGCCCCUGGAUAAAUUAGUCAUUGAUUGUUUGUCGACUUCUAGUGAGGGAGGAGAAGAGAGAGAAGAAGAAGAGGGAGGAGGACACACAAGAGAUGGAGAUGAGAUGGAGAAAGGGAACAAGUGUGAAGGAGAGGAGAAUCAGCAGGUGCCCCCUCAACAGCAGGAGGUACUAAGUGAAGUAAGUCAGAGAGUGGAGCAGCUGGCUGGAAUGAUGGAGAGAAUGUCUGCUCGUUUUGUGAUCUUGGAGACGCAGAUAAAGAUUAUACAGACACCCAGUGGGCCCCCCACAGGGAACCUCGGGAGAGAGGAAACCAGUGGGGCCCCCUGGAACACAGGGAACCAUGGGAGAGAGGGAACCAGUUGGCCCCCCUUGAAACCGAGAGAGGGAACCAGUGAGCCUCCGAGCAAGAAUACAGUUGAACCUGGGAACAUUGGUAGCGAGGAGAGAGGAACGUAGAGAACUGGAUGAGAAUAGGCAACACUCAUCUCGGAGAGAGGAAACAUUGAAAGAGGACGUCCCCCUCAUUAGUGGUGUUGCUAAGGGAACCGCUGUUUCCAUGGUGACAGAGACCCCAAGUUCGAAGGCCAGAGCAGCGCUGGCAGAUUUAUCAAAUCCCAGACCUCUGUCCGAGAGGGAGACAUUGAAAUCUCGUCGUCACACCUCCACCCCCCUCUCCAGGCACACCCUCACACCUGUUGCUAGGAGACCCAGGGGAAGGGGUGGGGCUCUGUCAUCACAGCUGGCUCAAAUCAGAGCUGAAGGGCAGCUCUCUCCUCUCCCCUCUCAUCUUCACACCCCCUCCCCCUCACCAGAUGUCUACUCACCCUCUCCUGCUCUUUCUUCACCAACUGCCACUUCACCAGAUGAAACUACCAGAAUGAUUGCCAGUCUCAGAGCCAGAGCUCAGAGAACAAAGGAGUUUCUACAGAAAGCUAACCACAGACUCUGAAGCCAGCCAAAUAGCACUCUAUGAGUAUAGCACUCCCACCUGCCAACCUCCUGUUGUAAAAUGUAUUAUCUCUAGC